AUGGCAGAUGUCCGGAACUGUGCCGGCAACUUGUCGGCUGAGGUCAAAAAGAAGAAAGGCCUCGGACCCAGAGUGUGUGUCAUCGAUGAGAUUGGGAAGAUGGAGCUCUUCAGCCAGUCCUUCAUCCAGGCUGUGCACCAGACUCUGUCCUCACCAGCGACCAUCAUCCUGGGCACCAUUCCAGCCCCAAAAGGAAAGCCGAUGGCCCUUGUGGAGGAGAUACGGGUGUGUGUCAUCGAUGAGAUUGGGAAGAUGGAGCUCUUCAGUCAGCCCUUCAUCCAGGCUGUGCACCAGACUCUGUCCUCACCAGAGACCAUGGUUCUGGGCACCAUCCCACCCCGGAAGGGAAAGCCUCUGGCCCUGGUGGGGGAGAUCCGGGGCAGGCCUGACGUGAAGGUGUUCAGUGUCACCAAGGAGAACAGAAACCACCUUUUACCGAAUAUCAUGGCCUGGGUGCAGAGCUGUGGGAAGUGA